CCAUGCCUUUCGACUCCAAUGAAUAAAAAAGCAAGGGGAGUGUAGUUUGCAGGACACAGGAAAGUUCUCCGCAGUUUUUUACGCCCAUGUAUGACAGACAGAAGCUCUGCGUAGAGAUCCCGGAGAAGUGAGCUGAGGGCGCACAGAGGAGGAGGACUGCACGCUCGGUUAAGAAACAGCAGGAGACUGAAAAGGCGCUUCACUGAGAGGGAUCAGAGGCGGAGAGAGAGAGUGUGAGAGAGAAAGAGAGGCUGGGAUAGAGAUCCCAUCUCACUCUCCCAGUUGAGGUCUUGAACGGAUCGCGUCCAGCGCCUCACCACUGCGGGACAAUGUCAAGCAAAGCAACUUUAGCCUUACUCAUCUAUGGAAUCAUAAUGCAUUACAGCGUCCACUGCUCGCCUGUGGGACUCAGCUUCCCCAGUGUUAGACUCGAAAGUGAGGUUUAUGAUGAGGAUGGGAACUCCUUGCCGUCCCUGGAGUAUGACAGGGAUCAAAUGGAUGCGAGAAGCCCUCCGUCCGACUAUGUCUACACUUUGUAUUACCCCACAGAGAAAAGAACGGAAAGGCAUGCAGACGGCAUGUUUAAUAAAGCCUACAGGAAAGCGCUGGGUCAGUUAUCAGCCAGGAAAUAUCUCCAUUCUCUGAUGGCAAAGCGUGUAGGCGGGGGGAAAGCGGAGGAGGACAGCUCAGAGCCUCUGUCCAAGCGACACUCAGACGGGAUCUUCACGGACAGCUACAGCCGCUACCGAAAGCAAAUGGCCGUCAAGAAAUACCUGGCAGCCGUCCUUGGGAAAAGCCUUGAAGACAUAGAUUUUCACCAAAUCCUACAAGACAUAAACUUUGACGCCCUCCCGGACGGGGAUGAGUUUGAGGCUUUUUUGGGAGACUGGCUGAAACAGCUCUCUCCCGAAUUUCUGGUGAGUUUCAGGCUCAUUCCUGAGGCCGCAUCUUUGCAGGGGGACGUCUUGUGUCCCUCCCCUUUCUUUUUUCCUCUCACCUUUAACUCGCAAACCUUGUGAUCUUUGCUCCGAACGCUUAAAGCUGACAAUUCUUCCGCCUCAUUUGUGCUCCUGUCUCUCUCGAGUCUCACAGAUUUGACCUUAGAUAGUAGAGAAUGUGCUUAUAAUGGUCUGAUAUGUUAUACAUAUCACUGCUAAUCGAAAAGGGAAAGAAUUAUCGUGCUAAUGAUAUGACGAACAAAACUCUGGUUUAGACCAGAUGUGAGAUCCUGCUGGGUUUCAAAAUGCAAAAUAUGAUGCUUGUCAAAAAAACAAAAAGAAAACAAGACAAAUGUGAAACGAGGACCAGAGUACUUUUGAGGUUUUUCCUUUCAUUUUCUUCCACGGUGUUUACAAAGUGAGCUUUCGCCUCUGACUUGUGUAAAGUGCCAAUCCUGUGUUUCUAUCAGCUGGUUUGUGUGUGUUUGGAAACCUUUUUUAUUCUGCUCCAGGUUUCCUUUGUGUCUCUCUCUGCCCAUAUAAUAAGUAUCACUGAACAUUUAAAAGCACCAUCGGGCCCGUUUUCCAAAAAACACAUACACACACCAAAAAUGAUACUUGUUACAUGGUAACUUACCCGUUGAUUUGUUCUUCUUUGUGAGAAACACUACGAGGCAGUUUGGACUUUUGUGUAACCUUCUUGGGUCGACUGUGCUUCCCCUCUUCUGUCAUGUGAACCAAUGUACAAACUACAGUAGAAUGCAUGAUUAAAGUAAUUGCACUAGCCACUGAAUCUGUGCAGAUGACUCCAA